AUGUCUCAGCAAGAGCUCUAUGGGAAUUGGCUGUGCCCUCCACCGUCACCAGGGAAGAGACUGGUGAGACAAACAGGGAUCUACUUAUUAGCAGGGGGACCAGCACAUGCAAGUCACUUCAGAUCUGGCUCACCUGAUAGUUUUUCCAAUGAGGAGGAUUAUGACGAUGUGUCCCUGUCCGAGACGGGAGAUCACAUGCAAAGGAGGCUACCAGCUUAUCAAGACAAUACAGAUGUAGCAAGUCAGAGAAGCAAGGAAAGCAAAGGGGUUUACGUGCUAGCCGGGAAGCCAGCAUCUUCAAGUCUCCCAAGGACAGCUGACCCCAUUCCUGACGCCAACCAAGGAAUAGGCUACAGACCGAAGUCCAUUGUGACACUGUAUCUCCUGAUGGGCAUUUGUUUUGCAAUGUGGGCAGUUCUCCUCUCACUGGCAGUGGUGAAAUACAUGGAGAUGUCAGAGGAGUUAAAAGUUUUAAACUAUAACCACUCGGAGAGGCUAAUGAACGUGGUGCAGGACCUGGCUGAUGCACGAAUAGAGCGAAAGAAAAUCCAGACCAACGUGAACAAGAGCUAUAAGGAAUUGUUGGAUUUGACAGCAUCCAUCUGCAAUGCGUUCCCAGAGCCUAUUCAAUGUGCAGCCAGCUGGAAGAAGUUUGGGAAAACAUGCUAUUACUUUUCAAAUACGACUACAGACUGGAUGGGUGCGAAGCAGUUCUGCACUGAUCAAAAGGCUUCCCUGGUUAUCGUUAACAAUGACAACGAGCAGGCUUUCUUGAAAGACUGUAAUAAACAGAAAAGGACAUACUGGCUGGGACUGAGUGAUGCAGAGGAGGAAGGGAAGUGGCAGUGGAUAGACAAUAGCCCGUAUUCUGUCAGCUUUUGGAACUUGGGGGAACCAGACAUCCAGGGUGAGGAGGAAGACUGUGUCUACAUGAGUUCUACUGGGACAUGGGGCGAUUCCAAGUGCUCCCAGCCCAAUUACUGGAUUUGUGAACAGACAUGGAUCUGCUGACCCACUUUUCAAACAUGCUGUCAUUAUGGGAUUGAGCACAAGUCCUACUGCUCCUCCUGCACCUGCUCAGUGGCUGACAAGAACUCACUCCAGCUCCCCAAUAGCUGAACUGAAGAUGACGUUUCUCCUGAUUGUUAAUAGCGCUCUCCUGCAUGCUAGUUAGGGCUGUAGGUUCAGGGGUCCAAGUGGUCCCAAAAAAGUGGCAGUAUUAUACCUCAGCCCUGCUCACUUCCUCAAGCUUUACCCAUAAAACACAGAGCAGCUACACACUUCAGCUAAAAUUAUCAAUAGUUGAAAUGUAACUGUGCUGACACGUAAAUGGCCACCAUUAGGCUUCAGAAUCAACACCCACUUAAAACAAAUGAGGAAAGUUCAUGCCUCUCAGAGCUAUGAGGCCCAAUUCUUUACUUGCAUCUGUUUUAAACCCACGUAACAACUGAUUUCAAUGUAGUUACCUGUGCAUCAGUAGUGUCUACUUAACUCUCAGAAAUUAUGGCUUCUAUAGACUAAUUCUUAUACUUCAAAUCCACUCCUCAAAAAUAUGAUAGUGUUGACAAGACCCCUUAAGGGGAUGCAGCCACUUCACUCAUACCAUAUAUUUAGGCUUGGCAGAAUUAGGUUGUUUUUAUAUAUACAAUUUUGAAAGAUAAAUAGUAUCAAUGUUUAUUUAAGUAUUUAAAAAAAAUUAUCAAUGUAAAUUUUCACAGUUGUAGAAAAUUAUGGGCAGGUCAGACAAUAUUUAUUUUACGACAGUAGAUAAAUUAAACUAAUGGAGACAUCCUAACUCCUAGAACUGGAAGGGACCUUGAAAGGUCAUCAAGUCCAGCCCCCUGCCUUCACUAGCAGGACCAAGUACUGAUUUUGCCCCUGACCCCUAAGUGGCCCCCUCAAGGAUUGAGCUCACAAUCCUGGGUUUAGCAAGCCAAUACUCAAACCACUGAGCUAUCCCUCCCCCUAUUUUGAAUGCAGACAUUCAAAAAGUUAAAACAUUAUCACCAUUAAAAACACAAAUUGUCAAUGUCACAUGUCAGAAUAUACAAAGUAGAUAUCCUUAAAUCAAACUCUAAUAUAUGCUCAAGCCGUAUUUUCUUACUUUAUCUAUCUGUAAAUUCUGAUUAUUAGCAAUGACAUUUUUUUGGGCGGUUUAUUUGUGUACUGUGAAAUUGACAUUUACCAACAUUGAAUGAUAAACGUUGAAUCCUUCCAAGUUUACAUAUAUUCCUCCUUCACUUUCUAUCACUCCAUGCAAGUUGCAUCUCUCCCUGCCUUAAGCCAUGUCCUUUCAUUCAUUUGUGGAAUAAUAAUUAUGUGAUUCUGUAGCUAGGGUCAAGUUGAGUUUUGCCCUUUAAAACAGGGAUUCUGCUUUAUUGUUAUGUAGAAAGAACAUAGCAUAUUUUCCUCAAACGUGCAGAAAUUGUAACGGAGCACAGAAUGGAUUUUCUGAGGGUUUACAA